UAGCACACGGAGUACCAAAAUGGCCGACCACCUCAAAAGGUAUAUUCUUCAUUACCAAGACUACUAAAACUCAAAUUGACACUUCUCUUGUCUAAACAGUAAACCUCAUCAACCAAGCAACCCACUUAUAAACGUAACGAAUUCUAAUUCCUUUUUAUUUACAACUACUAUUAGUAUCUCUCAUUAUUUGGCGCCUUCUUCUUCAAAUCCCCAAUUCAACAUUUCCCCUAAAACCUCAAAAACCUUGAAGCUCUUCAUCAAUGGCGGAAGAACGAUCAGAAAUCGCAUUCUUCGAUGUCGAAACUACAAUUCCAUUAAAACCAGGUGAAUCCUUCAUAAUCCUCGAAUUUGGGGCUAUUUUAGUUUGCCCUAAAAAGCUCGUUGAGCUCGAAAGCUACUCCAGUCUUAUCUGCCCUAAAGAUAUCUCUCGUAUCUCCUCUAAAUCCGAGCGUUGCAAUGGUAUUUCACGCGCCGCCGUCUCCUCCGCCCCUCCUUUCUCCGCCAUCGCCGACAAAAUUUUCGACCUCCUAAAUGGGAGAAUUUGGGCAGGACAUAACAUUUUGAGGUUUGAUUGUCCUCGGAUUAGAGAAGCAUUUGCGGAUAUUGGGCGGUCGCCGCCGGAGCCGAAAGGGAUAAUUGAUUCUUUGGCUUUGCUUACUGAGAGAUUUGGUCGUCGAGCUGGAAAUAUGAAGAUGGCCACUCUUGCCACUUACUUUGGAUUGGGUCAGCAAACUCAUAGGAGCUUGGAUGAUGUGCGCAUGAAUCUUGAAGUCCUCAAGUAUUGUGCAACUGUUCUCUUUUUGGAGUCAAGUCUUCCAGACAUUCUUACAAGAGACAGUUGGGUUUCUCCGACAUCUACUGCAAGAAGAACUCGUAGUGGUGGGAGAACUUCACCAAUGGAAAUUAGCUAUGCUCCCAACCCAGAUCCAAUGCCUGAAAACCCAUCAAAUCAAACCAUGGGGGAGCAGCUACUCAAUGUGGUUGAGCCUAGUAGACCUGAAACGGAACCUUUUGAUAUGAGAAGGCUUUCUGAGGAAAUAAUGGAUGAUGCCAUUCAAGAAGAUGAUGCAGAAGAAAAAAGACCUAUAACUGAAUCCCCAGAGAUGUCUCGCCUAUCAACUAUAUUUGAGGGCUGCAGCAGUUCUUCUGCUUAUUUAAUUCCUGAGGAUGUUUCCAUUCCUUUGAUCAGUGCAUCUCUAGUCCCAUUCUAUCGUGGGAGUCGUAGGAUUCAGAUACUGCAUGAUACUGUUUUACUCAAGCUUCACUGUACCCAUCUGAAAGUGCGAUUUGGAAUUAGUACAAGGUUUGUAGAUCAGGCAGGCCGCCCUAGGUUGAGCUUUGUAGUAGAUGCUCCUCCAAGCGUAUGUCAAGUUCUCGAAGCAUGUGAUAAUCAUGCACAGAGCUUGUUUGCAGAGUCUGGUAGCACGUCUGAUUGGAGGCCUGUGGUAGCCAGAAAGAAUGGAUACUGGAACUUCCCUACUAUACGACUCCAUAUACCUACUGUUGUAACUGAAGAUAUUGCCAAGUAUGGUACCGAAAUUUUCCAGAAAGAAGCUGCUUCAGGUGUUGAGCAAAAGCUCCUUUUCAGUACGUUUGAUCCUCCAGAACUCGAUUGUUUGUUCACUGCUGGAACUUUUGUUGAUGCGUUCUUCUCCUUGAAUCAAUAUGAUAUCCAGCAGACUGCAGGCAUCCGAUUAUGUGCGGAAAAGCUGGUUAUCCAUUCUAACUGACUCUGCAGUUCAUGUCAAAUUUGUCCUAACCCAUCAAAAUCAAGGGGUACGUCCUUUUUCGAAGCUGUAUAUAGAUGACCAUGGGAGUGGACUUUGCAGAGAAAGUUAAAAUUUGAUGAUUAGUUAGGAGGAGGUAGGAGUUAAAAUGAUGGUAUUUGUAAUUUGUUUGUUCCAUAUGCUAAUUAUCAUAAUUCAUAACUAAAUUAUUUCUGUAAUUUUACAUUAUUAACAAUGGCUUAACCUAUUUGAUUAGAUCAUAAUAUGUAUUAGGCCAAUUGUUAUUGUAAGUGCCGUUUGACUUGUAUUCAAUCGUAAUUUCCCUUAAUAAAAAUCUGUUAUAA